AUGGUUCAAGCCAUCAAUGGAGAACCCCGGCUUGGAGCCUCUAUACUUCGAUUGUUCUUCCAUGACUGUUUCGUCAAUGGCUGCGAUGCAUCAAUUUUAUUGGAUGACAGUGGCAGCUUUGUCGGUGAGAAAAAUGCAGUACCUAACCGAAAUUCAGUGAGGGUUUACGAAGUGAUUGAUACCAUUAAAACUAAGGUUGAAGCUGCUUGCAAUGGCACUGUCUUUUGUGCUGAUAUUCUAGCACUUGCAGCAAGAGAUGGAGUAGUUCUGCUUGGAGGACCUUCAUGGGCGGUACCUCUAGGUAGAAGAGACGCAACAACAGCAAGCGAAAGCGAAGCCAACGCCCAAAUCCCUUCUCCGUUCUCCGACCUUCCCACACUCACUUCCAUCUUCGCCGCCAAAGGCUUGAGCGCACGUGACCUCACCGUGCUCUCCGGCGGCCACACCAUAGGCCAAGCGCAGUGCCAGUUUUUCAGAGCCCGCAUCUACAACGAAACCAACAUCGACACCAACUUCGCCGCGUCGAGAAGAGCCGUUUGCCCUGCCUCCGGUGGGGACACCAUCUUGUCCCCUCUCGAGUCCCUCACUCCCAUUCGCUUCGACAACAACUACUACUCCGAGCUCGUCGCUCGCCGUGGCCUUCUCCCCUCCGACCAAGUGCUCUUCGAUGGUGGCUCUCAAGACCCUUUGGUGAGAACUUACAGUAACAGUAAUGCUGCGUUUUUUGCUGAUUUUUCAGAUGCUAUGGUUAAGAUGGGUAAUCUCGGUUCUCUCACUGGGACUGCCGGUGAGAUCAGAAGGAAUUGCAGGGUUGUGAAUUGA